CAGUUUCAUUUCCAAAACUGUCACAAUUAUAGAAAUCCCAUAAAUAAUUCAGCUCCCGAAAAGUCAUUAUUCUACUUAUCAACUACUGCAUUAUUUAGCAAGUUUUGCCCCAAAUUAAAUAACCCUUGCCAAUAAUAACUAGGUACAUACGUACGUAUUGCGGUAUACAGCAUUGCUUGUUUAGUUCGAGAAAUUCUAAAUCUUUUGAAAUAUUUCUAUAAUUUGCAUAAUAAAUAUUUCCAGAUCUUCUGGAAAUAUCUAUUAUGCAAAAUAUUGCGUCAUAUUCUACAUAAUAAUAAUAAUACCCAACACCAUAACUGGAAAUAGAGUAGGCUGGUACUUACAAAAUAAACAUGCUAAAAAAUUCAUAACUCAAAUCAAUCAAUCCAAACUUGGUCGAUAAAGAAAUAGUGUCGUCGUACAUCUCAGAGUGCAAUUGUCUUUUAACUCAUCACAAAAUAUUUAAUAAUCGAGUUCAUUUCAUUCCAUUCCUUAUAAAUGCAUCUCUCUGUUCAAGAUAAAUAACGUCACCUUUGCAUAUUUAAGUCUCCUCACGAUGAUACGUACAUACAUACCUCUAGAGAAUUAAAAAUACGAAAAUUCCUGCAUAAUUACUUCGAGCAACUAAAUAUACACAGUGUUGCUUUAACAAUAACAAUAACCUUCAACUUUAACUGUGCCCAACACACCGCACGCACCUUCACUUCUCUAAAAGUUGCAGCAAUUAAAUUACCAAUUCACAAUCCUGUGUAGUACCUGCCAGACUGUUACGUACGAUAUUUGUUACCAACACCACCAUCAUCAUCGCCAUAUAUACUUGCUCGUUGUUCUUGGGGGUAGACGACGCGUCUUUUUUUUUACAUUGGAUCUCUGAUGAGACGAAUAUUUAGUGUAGGAGUACUUACUUUUGAGCAGAAACAAUAGUGUAUGCAAUCCACUAGUAACUUUUGUAUUGUGUUCUCAUUUAAUGAAAAUAAUACAAGUUUUUUGUGCCAAUUUUCCUCUAAACUACUGGAUUGACUCGGUUUAUACGUGCAGUAACAUUCUCUCGUUGGCGUGUUAGCAGCGAUUCUUUUCAUAAUAAUUAUUUUGGUUUUUUAGCUCUUCUGAAACUUUGUCACUUGUAUUUAGAUCGUCUCCAUUAUUGUAUUUACAGUUAGUUUUCUUGACGUUGUUGGGUUGAGCACGGAAGCGUUGGGAUUUCUUUUUUUUAACGCGACGACACAUAUCAAUCAAUGUCCAAUAUUUCAAUAACUUUUAGGAAAUAGAUUUACGUUCGUUGGACAGUUGGAAUUUUAUUGAGAUAUUUUUUGAUCAAUUGAUCAUAUUUUUUGUGAGUGCGUAAACCACAAGUAUUUAGUACCGUUAGUUAGUUAGUUACUACUCCUGGAUAAGUGGUAUAAAUGAGGGAUUAAAACGGUAAAAGGGUGCAUUUGUGGUUGAUCAUUGCAACAUAAUAAGUGUUCAUCUAAGAAUUAAGUACAAUUUAAGGAAACAUGUCUAAAACUAAAAAGUGGAUCAGUGGUGCAUUUUCUUGUGAAGAGUUAGAAUUUAUUGAUAACGAUGAUCAAGAUGUGAUUGGCGGUAAAAAUUUGAGAAACGUGAGAGUCGUGCCUCUCUCGGAGAAGAAGUUGUUAAAAAAGGAUGGCGAUGAUCUCGUGGAGUGGGAAGAUGCCUUGGUGGAAUAUGCCCCUGAUGCCGGGUGGGCCUGGGUGGUGGCUGUUGCUUCAUUACUGAAUAACUUUGUCCUCGACGGGGUGUCAUUUUCGUAUGGCGUCCUCACACAGAAAAUGACCGAGCAUGGGACACUUUCAGAAUUUCAGUACCACUUGUGUGGAAGUGUCAUGUUGGGGACGACCUUGAUCAUUGGACCGCUCGUAUCCUUGAUGGGGUCUCGAUACGGUUUCCGCGUGGUGUCGAUUCUCGGGUCGGUCAUUUCCGCGCUGGGAUUCUUCCUGAGUUGGGCGUGCUCACCGGAAGUGCCUUCGUUUCUGGCGUUACUGCUGGGUUUCGGGGUGCUAGGAGGGAUAGGAUUUGGUCUCAUGUUUACAAGUAGUAUUGUCGUACUUGGAAAAUUCUUUGCGGCCAACUUGCCUCUUGCGACGGGAAUUGCAACUACCGGGAGCGCCGUGGGGUCAAUCAUCAUGCCAAAAGUAUUAGGAUGGAUAGUUGAAGCGUGGGGGUGGCAAGGGUCGUACAUCUUUUUGGCGGGAUGUUGCCUAUUUUCGGCCGUCUUUGGAGCUUUUUAUACGCAACCGCCGAAAAGAAUGGAAAAAGUUCGCAAAUUCACAAAAGUCCAGUCUGACCUAUCCGAUUUGUGGGAACUCAUGGCAUCUCCAACAUUCUGGAUCCUCUCACUUGCUGGUGGGAUCGUCGUGUUGGGAUAUUUUGUUCCUUCUGCAUUUUUGGCAGACCGCGCCCUGGCACCUCCUUUUAACUCCACGACGGACGAGGCCACCUGGCUCCCGUCAAUUAUUGGCGGAUCAAACACCGUUGGUCGCAUACUUUUCGGAAUUCUGGCGAAUUCUGACCGAGCCGUGUACUCCCUCUUAUUUACAAAUGUGGCCGUUACUCUAGGUGGAAUUGCCACAAUUGGGAGCGUUUAUGCCACAGAGUACUGGAUGUUGGCCGUGUAUGCGUUUGUGUAUGGGCAAAUUAUCGCCGUUUACGCAUCCCUCCGAUCCGUCAUAGUGUACCAACUCGUAGGCAAGGACAAGUUCAACUUGGCGUUUGGCGUGUCGUUAUUUUUCAUGGGGGUGUCACUCUACUUCGGAAACGCGUUUGCAGGUUGGCUAAAAGACUCGACGGGUGAUUUCGACAUGACAUUUCACUACACGGGCGCAUUCUUUAUUCUUUCUGCCAUUCUUUGCUACCCACUUCCGUGGAUAUACAAGUAUGAAACUUCAAAAAAACCGAGACGCUACUCCACCAGUGCUAGUCAUCCUUAAUUAAUAAUUAAUAUUAUAUGUAAGUAAUUAUUGUAUCGUUUCAUUACAUAUGCCAUGAAUAUUAAUAAUUAAAUUGUUUAAUUAAUAACCUAUUAUACAUACAUAAUAAUUAUGUAAAUAAUGUUCAACUUGUAUAAUACUGAAUACCGCUUAUAUAUUUUUAAAGAAUGAGUCGACGAUUAACCUAAUUUUGAAAUUAAUUGAGCCAAUUUCAAUUAAAUUAUAUACGAACACAUUAAAAGAAAACGUUGUUUGUUUGUAAUAAUACAAAUUUGUACAGAUUUUGACUUAAUAAAUAUUAUUAGGACAGAA